AUGCAGCAGGGCGACCAACGACCGAGUGGCGCGCAAGGGGCCGACGAUGAUGACACUCACCGGCGCAUCAAGGAGCACCUUGCCAACCACGUCGGCCACCUCAAUCACUCUGUCGACAUUAUAGACGACCUGGCGCUGGCCGUCCAGUUCGUCCGGCGGGCCGACUACCUCAUCAUCUCCGCCGGCGCCGGCCUCUCGGCCUCCGUGGGCCUCGACUACACCUCGGAGGCCGUGUUCGCCCGCCUGUACCCGGCCAUGCACGCCCUCGGCUUCCGGUGCAUGUACCAGUUCAUCGGGCGCCUGCCCAUCUCCGAGGAGCUCAAGUGGGGCUACCUCCUCACCCACGCCCACCGGGCUCGCUUCACCUGGGGUCCCACCGAGCUCUACACGCAGCUGCUCCGGCUGGCCGAACAGACCGGCGAGGGCAGCGACAGCGGUGGUGGUGGUGGUCGCUACUUCGUCAAGACGUCCAACGCCGACGGGUUCUUCGAGCAGUCGGGGUUCGACAUGUCCCGCGUGUUUACGCCGCAGGGCGAUUAUGGCAACAUGCAGUGCCUGAGUCACGAGUGCAACGGCAAGGCGGCAGCGUCAUCGACUUCGGUGGUGUUUCCUACGAGGCCGUUCGUCGACGCGGCGUUGCCGCAUAUCGACACGAACGAGACAAUGCAGAUCAAGGAGCCGUCGGCCAUGCCCCGGUGCCCACGCUGCGGCGGCCCCGUCUUCUUCAACGUGCGCGGGGGCGACUGGUUCAUCGAGUCGCCCUACCAGGCCACCGGCCAAGCCUACCGCCGGUUCGUGGAGCAGGCCAUCGGCGAGUGCUCUCGUGAUGACGACCAAGCCGAAGACCCGGAGGCUCCAGCGAAAGAGAAGAAGAAGAAUCCCAGGACCGUGGUGAUACUCGAGAUCGGGGCCGGGUUCAACACGCCGGGCGUGCUCCGUUGGCCCAACGAACGGCUCCUGGCCCAGCACGAGUGCGUGCGGUUGGUGCGACUCAACACGGACUACCCCGAAGUACCCGAGACCUCGGGCUCGCAGCGUGCCGUGGGUCUCCCGCUCGACGCUGCCGUAGUGGUGCCUCUCUUCUUGAACCAGCAGCAAUGA